CAAAGAAAGGGGCGGGUUUACUAAAGUUUUCAGGAAGCAGUUUAACGUCCUAAACAGAAGGUUUUUCCGGCUUACUUUUCCAACUUUUUUGUCGUUUUUGUUAGCAAUUUAAAAAAAACAAAAGAUAUGCAAAGCAACGUUUAUGGAGCCCCGCUGGCCGGUGGCACGUUCGACUUCGAGGGUUUUAUGAAAAAGCCUCAAACGAUUCUGCGAUUUCUGAGUUGGGCCUUUGCCAUAGUGGUGUUCGCUACCAUCACGGCGGAGGGUUAUGUCAACUCCUCCACGGAGCCGGAGCCCAAGUGCAUAUUCAACCAGAGGGACAGCGCGUGCAGCUACGGUGUGGGCAUUGGCGUGCUGGCCUUUUUAGCGUGCAUGGCCUUCCUUGUCCUGGACGCCUACUUCCCGCAGAUCAGUAACGCCAAGGAGAGGAAGUACAUCAUCAUCAGUGAUUUGGUCUUCUCAGCGGCUUGGACGUUCCUGUGGUUCAUCUGCUUCUGCGUCCUGGCCAACCAGUGGUCGUGGACCACCAGCCUUGCCGUGCCGGCUGAUGCUGCUCGUGCCGUUGUGGCCUUCUCUUUCUUCUCCUUUCUCUCCUGGGCUCUGCUGUCCUACUUCGCCUACGAGAGGUAUCGCCAAGGCUUGAGCGACUUGAACCAGCAAUACACGGACCCCGCCGUGGACCCAUCGUACCCCCCAGCCCCUUAUGCCACCAGCGGUGGCGGACCCUCGGGCUACCAGCAGUCCCCGUUCUCCCAAAACCAGGAGGCUCCUGGAGAGUACCAACCACCGACUUACUGAAAGACUGACAGAAGUGUUAGAGGACGUUUAUCUUUGCCAAAUUCCCACGUAAGACACGUCCCUGCCCUCCUCUUUUCUCUCAGUAGGACAUGCACAUGUUCAUUAUUGUGUCAAAUGAUUCUGUUUUUUAAUGACUUGCUUCUCUGGGAGGGAAAAGGAGAGCCUCGCUGCUUUCUUGUCUUUGUACCAAAACCACUUGAAGCCCAAAUGUAUCGCAGCAUCACAGGAGAGGUUAGGAAAAUAUCACAAGAAUGUCUCCAUAGGAAAAAAAA